GACUAAAAACAGAACAGUUGAGAUUUGAGAACGGACAAAGGCAACCGUGGACAGACGAAAUAUCAGGAACCCAAUCCCAGAAGAAAGGACGACUGUUUACCUCAAUCAAACCAAAGAUCCUCUACAACUACGCCCCGUCUUCCAAUUUUCGAAUCUCAUAAUUAUUGCGCUUUCCCUCCCUAGAUUUCCUCAAUCUCAAUCUUCCCAUGUAACCCAUUGCUGUAUCAUACGGUACCUCCCUCAUUUAUUUAAUACCCCAUACCCCACAAAUAAAUAAAUUAAUUAAUAACAAUCACCGUGUAAAAGAAAUCGGCGAUUAAUUUCUGGUUUUAGGUUGAAUAUCGUCGAUGAAACGGCACUGGGUGAUCCUGGUCUGUGUUUUACUGUUAUUUUUUGGCUUUACGGGCUUGGCAAGUGAGUUAUUGAGCUUGCCGAGUAGUUCAAUUGAGGGAAUUUCCGAUGGAGUUACGAUAGCUCCGGCGAGGAGGAAUCUGUUGUCAGAGUUAAGGAAACCUGAGACAGCACUGGUUGCUGAACUGGAUGGUACUGUUCAUUUACGGGAGGUUAAAACUGAGAAAACACUCUGGUCAUUCAGAUCUGGCCCAUCAAUCUACUCUUCAUAUCAGGCUCCUAUAAACUAUAAUGACAACAGGGAGGCAUCAUCUGAUAUAGGAAGUGGUUAUUUCAUUGACUGCCGUGGGGAUGAUUGGGAAUUGUAUGCACACAACAGGCUUGGCAAAUUGGUAUACGAGUCUUUUCAUUAUUCUACAUGGAUUACUCUUGCAAUUUUGGUGCUAUAUAACAAGAGAUGAUAUCCACUUAACAUUGAAUGAUAAUGAGACAUGAUGCAUCAAUUAAUGUAGUACUACCUCCGGUCCAUUUUCAAUGUCAUUUUAGCCAAACAAAAUUUGGUCCGAAAUAAGUGUUGCUUUAGGAAACCAAGAAGGCAUUAACUUCUUUUCCAAAUCUAUCCUUGUUUAAAUGAUCUAUAAAAGUUUCUAAAACGUUGAACAGUUAUUAUUCAUUUUGAGGAGAGAAAGAUGGUAAUUUAGUCAAAUAACCCUUAAUGGUCUUCUUAGUGAGUGUGCCAAAACCUUAAUGAUAAUUAAAAUGGACCGGAGGUACUAUUAACAACUAGACCUUGAUCUAGACUAACAAAGUGAAAUGUACAUUUCCUUAGUUUGAAACGUAUUCUAAACUCCCCUUUUUAUCAUCAUGAAGGUGUUAAUUUUGAGCAUAAUUUGACCAAUAUACCCUCAUAUCUACAUAUUGGUUGAUUGAGGACAAUUUUGGAAUUGAUUUAGCUACCUAAAAUGUGUAUAAAAGAAAUAUAUGUGUGAAAAAGGAAGGAAAAAAGAAGAAAAGGAAUGGCGACUGAGGGGCUGGUAUUUGUA